AUGGGCAUUGAGGAGGGACGGGAUGAGCCCUGUUCUAUUGCAGGGCGCAGGAGGGGGGGGCAGCCGGCGACGUCAGGCUGCCCCCCCUCCCCCCGCUUGGCGCCGCUCUCCGCGGCGUGGGCCAGCGGGCCCAGCGGCGAGCUGACCGAGCUCAAGUUGCUGUGCCAGGGCCACGUGCGCGAGAGGAAGCUGGAGCGCGUGCUGGGCGGCCUGGACCUCUGCUCCGUGCUGCUCGGGCGGAAGGCACUGGGCCCGGCGCACCCAGGGCUGCUGCUACGGCGGUGCCUGCACGACGCCGGGGCCCCGCCGGAGGGGCGAGACCUGCGCGCCACAUUUGACAGCAUGUCUGAUAAUGUGGGGUACGACUGGAGAAGACCGGCCCCGCGCCUGAAAGUGUGUCACGCCACGAUCGAUGCCGUCACGGGGAACUAUCCCCACAACCUCACGGAGUGGGUGAGGGAGUCGCUGAGAGACUGGAAGGGCACCGAGAGGGAGGCCGCGGCGGUGUCCCGCCUGGCGAGGGCACUCCGGGCCUGCCAGCCGAGCCUGGUGGCCCACCGCCUCCUGGAGGAUCAGCAGGCCCCAGGGGCCUCCAGAACGAGCAGUAGAGGUGGCCGCAGCAGCAGUGCUGUGUCCCAGACGUCCUGGGACUCGGAAGGGCCCGCCUUGGGGGCUCCUGGUGACUCAGCUGCUCCCCUCCAGGGACCCGAGGGCAUCUGCACAGCCCGAACUUGGGUUCUCCCACCAGGGUUGACCGAGCAUCUUCCCUUUGCCUGUGCUGUGAAGACCUAG